AUGGCGGUCUCAGGGAACGAAGCCGACACGAAAAUGACAUCCUGCAGUCUGUUCCCCUGGUGGAAGGAAGCCACAAUCUACCAGGUUUAUCCCGCAAGCUUCAAGGACUCCAAUGCAGACGGAUGGGGUGAUAUACCUGGGAUCAUCACCAAGUUAGACUAUUUACGCGAACUAGGCGUGGAUGUCGUCUGGCUGUCACCCAUAUUUGAAAGCCCGCAGGCUGAUAUGGGAUACGAUGUGUCGGACUACCAAAAGGUAUACGCACGGUAUGGUACGGUCGAAGAUGUUGGCCGUUUGAUCGAGGGUUGCCACUCCCGAGGCAUGAGGCUUAUACUGGAUCUGGUGGUCAAUCAUACUUCCAUAGAACACGAGUGGUUCAAGGAGUCAAGGUCAUCAAAGAGCAGCUCAAAACGAGAUUGGUAUAUCUGGAAGCCCGCCCGGUUCGAUGAAGGUGGAAACCGCAAGCCGCCCACCAAUUGGAGGAGCUAUUUUGCCGGAAGUACGUGGACGUGGGAUGAGACAGCCGGGGAGUACUAUCUUCACCUGUACUCACCAGACCAGCCGGACCUGAAUUGGGAGAACGAGACCUGUCGCAAGGCGAUAUACGACACCGCCAUGCGGUUCUGGCUCGAUCGUGGCGUGGACGGCUUCCGUAUCGAUACGGUCAACAAGUACAGCAAGCGAACGGAUUUUGUGGAUGCAGAGGUAACCGAUCCUCACAAUGAGUGGCAGCCUGCCUCUGAGAUGUGGUGCAAUGGACCAAGAAUCCACGAGUUCCUCCAAGAAAUGAACCUAGAAGUGCUGGACCACUAUGAUGCGGUGACCGUGGGUGAGUUGGCAGAGACGCCAGAUCCCAAGGCUGUGCUUGAAUUUGUGGAUGUUGCCGCAGGUGAAUUGAAUAUGGUCUUCCAGGCCGACAUAAUGCGCCUAGGAAUGGGUGACGGCUUUGGAGGCAAAUACGACAUCAAAUCCUGGACAUUGCCUGAAUUGAAGACUUUAGUGGAACGGUGGCAACAGUUCAUUGAAGGCACCAGAGGCUGGACUACGGUCUUCUGUGAGAACCAUGACAGUGGGAGAGCCGUUUCAAGGUUCGGCAACGACGUCCCAGAGUAUCGAACGGCAUCUGCCAGAUUGAUCGCUCUGUGGCAGGCGACACUGACAGGGACGCUGUUUUUGUACCAGGGCCAGGAGAUCGGCAUGACCAACAUUCCGAGAACAUGGCCUAUCGACGAGUACAAAGAUGUCGAAAGCAAUAACUUCUAUCGUGAAGCCGAGUUGCGUGGCAAUGAUGACUCGAAAGAGAAAAUAACGGCCGGCCUUCAGCUUCUUGCGCGAGACCAUUCCCGGUUGCCAUUCCAGUGGGACACGUCUGCACAUGCAGGCUUUACCGCUGCGGAAGCAAUACCAUGGAUGAAAGUGCACGACAAUUACCACGAGGUCAAUGUGGCAAAGCAGAUCGAUGAUCCUUCGAGUGUCUUGACGUUUUACAAGCAGAUGUUGCAGUUGCGAAAGCAGCACGCCAGUGUGUUCAUACAUGGUGCAUUCAAGAUUGUUGAUGGAAAGCAUGAGAAGAUUUUCAGCUAUCUCAAGAUCAGUACGGACGAGCAACAAAGGGCUCUCGUGAUCCUCAAUUUCACCACUGCAUAUGUUCCUUUGUCAGAGGAACUGGUGACAUUGUCAGCCAUAACGAGAAUGCAGUUUCUGGCCGGAAGCUAUCCAGAGCCAGCAACAGAAUCGCAGGUUCUGAGGCCAUACGAAGGGAGAAUCUACGUCUCCUAUCAGCCAGACACGAAAGGAGUCUGA